AUUUUAAUAUAAAACAGAUGUGAGAGUGACACAGAGGCAUCAGAGACACGAUGAAGACUUUGUGUGUUGCCGUUGUUGUGCUGAGUCUCACCUCAGUGUGUCAGUCUGCAACGCUGGCCUGUGAGAAGCUGCUGAAGCCACUGGACCAAAGUCCAGAUUUGUCUGGAAGGUGGUUCAUCAUAGCCAUGAGCUCAGAUUACUGUCUAAUUACAGCUUACCUGAAUUCUCUGAUUGGGCCCACGUUUCUUGUAGACGUCACAGCACAGGACACGCCGAAAGUCUACAGUGCCAAUUUUACGAUGAACGCGUAUGGCUCUUGUGUUUCAGAGGUUGAUCCGUUUUUUCUUGAAGGCAGCAACCUCUUUAAAGUUGACAGCAACAAUGCUCCAACUGGUGAGCCUGAUAAGCUGCUGCUACACACGAGCUGUCCUGACUGCAUUGUAGGACAGACAAAGACUAGAAUCAGCCUUUUUGUGCUCUUCAGUAGGAGAAAGACUGUCACUGAUGCUGAGCUGAAGGAGUUUGCAACACAGUCAGAUUGUCUUGGCUUCUCCAAACCAGAGGUCCUAAGCACAGACCACGUAUAUGAAAACUGCAAGUCAGUUAAAGACAAGAGUGACGACAACCUUCCAGAACAGUCGGCCAAGGUGGUUGAAAAGUUAGGUGGCCUGUUUACGGCUCCCCUUCAGUGUUUUGCACAGAGUGUUUUCUACUACCCUCGUGCUACGCUUGGGUGGUUUCAGGAUAAGUGGGACCGCCUUUGGUGAAUGCAUCUCAUCACUCAUAUAAUAAAUAUCCCUCAUCCUAAUCA